UAAAUCUAUCCUAUUAUUUCCAAGCGCUCGAAGCCCACUGUCUGCUUCAUGGCCGCACCUUCGAGAGAGAGAAUCAACGAGGACGGCGUCCGAAAAGCCACGAACGCCCUCCUCAAGUGGAAGAAGAAGUCACUCCUCUCACAUUCCCACGACGGAAACGCCGCUAACGAAGAAGAGGCCGACGAUUUCAUCUACCUCUCCGUAACCCUAAAAAAAGUCCCGCCGCGAAACCUCUCCGCCGCUCCCCACCAAAUCCUCCUCCGCCGCUCGCUCCUUUCACAAGACUACACCGCCUCGAACAUCUGCCUCAUCGUCGACGGGAAGAGAAUCACCGCCGAAUCGGCGCAGAAGAUUCUGCUCGCCAAGGGCAUCCCCUUCGUAAAAAAGGUGUUCAAGCUGGGGAAAUUGAAAUCCGAUUACGAUUCCUUCGAAUCGAAGAAGAAACUCUUCGAUUCGUUCGACUUGUUUCUGGCUGACAAAAGCGUGGAGGCGGUGCUGCCGAAGGUGCUGGGGAGGGUGUUUUAUAAGAAGAGGAAGAAGAUUCCUGUGGCGGUGGAUUUGAGGGGCGAUUGGAAGGAGGAGUUGGAGAGGGCGUGCAGGUCGAGUUUGUGGUGCUUGAGCGGCGGGACUUGCAGCUCGGUGCGAGUGGGGAGAUUGGGGGAGAUGGAGAGUGGGGAGAUUGUGGAGAAUGUGUUGGAUGCUGUUGAUGGUGUGGUUGGUAUUCUUCCGAGAAAAUGGGGUGGGAUUAGGUGUUUGCAUUUGAAGUUAUCGGAUUCAUUGGCAUUGCCUAUUUAUGAGGAUGAGGUCUCAGUCUCUGAUGGGAAAUUGGGAUCUUCUUUGGUGAAGAGGAAAUAGUUUGGUGAUUUUAUUCAGUUGCAAGUUUUGGCCAA